AGCGGGCGGGGCUGCGUGCGAGCGGCUACCGGGGUGCGCGCGCGCGCGCGCGUCAGGUGCUGUCGCCGGGCGCGGAGCUGCCUCCCUCCCUCCCUCCCUCUCAGCCCCCGGCCCCCGUUGGCCGCCGGUGACAGGCGGAGCCGGCCUCGCUGCUGCCCGGCAUGAGGGGGGGCGGCUGCGCCCCGGCCCCCGCUCACUAGCCCGGCCGAGCCGCGCACCAUGCGGCUGUGCGGGGCGCUGCUGAAGAGCCCCGUCCCCAAGCAGAUCGAGCACUACUCGCGCUUCUCCCCCUCGCCGCUCUCCAUCAAGCAGUUCCUGGACUUCGGACGUGAUAAUGCAUGUGAGAAAACAUCAUAUAUGUUCCUACGGAAAGAACUUCCUGUGCGGCUAGCUAAUACCAUGAGAGAAGUCAAUUUGUUGCCUGAUAACUUGCUAAACAGGCCUUCAGUUGGGCUAGUUCAGAGUUGGUAUAUGCAAAGUUUCCUUGAGCUUUUAGAAUAUGAAAAUAAAAGCUCUGAGGAUCCUCAUAUUCUGGAUAACUUUUUAGAAGUUUUAAUUAAAGUAAGGAACAGACACAAUGAUGUGGUUCCUACCAUGGCGCAAGGGGUGAUUGAGUACAAGGAAAAGUAUGGCUUUGAUCCGUUUGUUAGCAGUAACAUCCAGUAUUUUCUAGAUAGGUUCUACACCAACCGCAUCUCUUUCCGCAUGCUUAUUAACCAGCACACACUUCUUUUUGGUGGAGACACUAAUCCUGCUCAUCCCAAGCAUAUUGGAAGUAUUGAUCCUACCUGUAACGUGGCUGACGUAGUAAAAGAUGCUUAUGAAACAGCUAAGAUGUUGUGUGAGCAGUAUUAUCUGGUUGCACCAGAGUUGGAAGUUGAAGAAUUCAAUGCUAAAGCUCCAAGCAAGCCUAUUCAAGUAGUCUAUGUACCCUCACACCUGUUUCAUAUGCUAUUUGAGUUGUUCAAGAACUCAAUGAGAGCUACUGUGGAAUUACAUGAAGGUAGGAAAGAAGGCUGUCCAUCAAUUAAAACAUUAGUCACUUUGGGGAAAGAAGAUCUAUCCAUAAAGAUAAGUGAUCAAGGAGGUGGUGUCCCUCUGAGAAAAAUAGAUCGACUGUUUAACUACAUGUACUCAACAGCACCUAGGCCUAGUUUGGAGCCAACAAGAGCUGCACCUUUGGCUGGAUUUGGGUAUGGUUUGCCAAUCUCUCGUCUUUAUGCUAGAUACUUUCAAGGAGAUCUCAAACUCUAUUCGAUGGAAGGCGUGGGUACUGAUGCUGUAAUUUAUUUGAAGGCUCUUUCAAGUGAAUCAUUUGAAAGGCUUCCAGUUUUUAAUAAGUCAGCAUGGCGACACUACAAGACUACACCUGAAGCUGAUGACUGGAGCAAUCCUAGCAGUGAACCCAGGGAUGCAUCUAAAUACAAAGCUAAUCGAUAAUUUACCACCUUUGCCUCUCCCGAAGAUGACUUCUGCAUUCAGUUUAAAGUCUCUGCUUUGUUCCAAAAUCCUCUGAAUCAUAGUAGCCAAUUACUUCCAUACAAAGUGCUGUGAGGGCACUGAAAUUGCAAAAAACAAAGUGAUGAAUGAGACUUAAGAAAAGCACUAAGCAUUUUUGGUGUAGGCGGUGGUAUAACAACUUUACCAAAAUAUGCUUGGUUGGUUUGGUUUUAUAUUGACAAAUGGGAUUGCACUGUGAUUGCACUUAAGUACACAACUGUAUAGUGAAAGGGUAUUAUUUCUUAAAGGCCAGUUUUUAUGCACAAAUAAAAAUCAGCAAAAUCUAUAGAAUCCCUUUAAUAGUCAAUAGCAUCUUAUACAGCAAUAUGAUGCAACAGACAAGUUCUAACAUAGCUGAAUAUGGGCUUAGAAAAUCCACUCUUUGCAGCAGUUUUAUAUUGCACAGUCAGUGUCAUCUGUUACAUAAAAUCCUUUUGGGCUCUUCAGAUCUUAUAGCUAGUGACAAUAGAGAUGCAUAGUUCUUAGAAGGUUUCUGUAGCUUUAAACUGAUGCUUUCCCCAUAUUCCCAGAUCCAUUUGUCAAGUGCAUCCAAAAAUAUAUAUUCUUGUAAGGCAUUGCGAGUUUCACCUCUUAAUAUGCACCUUAAUGUUUUACUGAAUUUGCACAAAAUGACAAAUGAUAAAUCACAUUAAUUAUUUUAAGAAAAGAUUAUAAGGGGUCAAUGCUUCUCUCCAUUCUUGCAAGUAACUCCCAUUGAUACAAAGGUGAAAGAAUAAAUUUUAUACGUGAUGUUCUUUGCCUCUCAGAUACUUUUUUGCUUUGUUUUUGGGAAAGCAUACCAUGAAACCAGUCAGCCAGUCAUGUAAAUGAAUUUGCCUUAAGAAUGUUGGUCACCUGGAACCUGAUUAGUUGUAAAACGGUAAAAAUUUGCAACGUCAUUUAUCUAUGUAGCAAAAGACAAUAGUCUGGUAAUUUGAAUUUGUACUAUAUGUAGAGUUGUUUCACACUGGCUUUUGGAAAGCAUUACUGGUCUAAAUAUUAUUAAACUGGGAGCAUAAUAGAAACAAUGAAGGAUAAUUAAAAAGAGGAGAUGGCUGAUAAAAAGUUGAUGACUUCUUCCAAGGAGAGAGAGAUUCAUUAAACAGCAUUCUCUAAAAUUGGUUGAGAGUUACUUAUGAAUGUCAAGAAGCUGUACUGUACCAAGUUUCCACCAAAUAUUGCGGGUCCAUAGAGUGUACUAUAGAGGUUCGGCAUUCUGGUAAUAUCCUAACUACAAGAGUAAAGGUAGAAUGGGUUGUAAUGACAACUGUGCUUGAAAAUGCACCCUAAGUAUCUCUGUGGUGUUUUGAUGUUUUUUGAAAGAUAUUGCAAGAUUUUAACUAGACAAAACUUGUUUACUAAAACUCCGCAAUAUAUCCCUUUGUCCUCCUGAAUAUUUAUUUUGUAAGAAUUAGUCUGUUAGAUAAAUAAGGAAAAGGUGAAAACUUCCUGGAUAUUUUUUUUAAAAAAUUAGUUUGAGUUAGAGGAAUGAUGUUACUCCGCAUGUGUAUAGCACACUUCAUCCAAGGAUCUCAAAGCAUCUUGUAAGCAAUUCAGUCUCUCAGCACCCCAUUUUUUGAUGCACAAACUGGGAAAAGAUGAAGCCCUGAUCCUGCAGGCACGUCCACAUACUUGCAUGGAAGUUAACCACCUGUAAAACGGUGUGCAGUAUUGAGGGCCUAUGUUAAACGAUAAUCCCCCGUGGUUGCAGAUACCACUGCAAAGAGAAAAAGCUGCCAUUCACAUGGCACAGCCAAGUAGUUCAUCUGUCACUGUGGAAAAAUCAAUGUAGUCACUGAAGAAUACUUUAAAUGGCUAGAGCCUUAAUUUUAAAGGACACAUUCAACCAGAAAUCUAGUCAGUUUGGAAAAAAAAAAACCCUGUUCCUGCCAUUUUCUAAGUUGCAUCUUUGUUGCUGUUUGAAAGAUUUCCCCCAAAAACAGAUGAACACUAGUCAUAUAGGGAGACUGUGAAACUGAUUAUACAAGAAGUGGCAAAAUGUAAAAUUUGCUUGAAAAUAUAAUUGACUACGAACUUCAAAGAACAGGAUAAAUGUAUGAAGAGUGUAAAAUUUUUGCAGUUCUUUGGAAAAAGUCAUGUUACGACACAUUGAGUGAUUUUUAGGUCUAAACUGCUUCUUUGGGGGACUUGUUGGCUGACUGGCUGUUUAUAAAUGAAAAUGAAUAGAACACUCUAUGCCCAGGAAGGUUAAGCAGAAAUUCCCUUUUGUGUAGCAGAAGUACAUUAAGAAAAUGAAUGCAGAAGCCCGUGAGUCAGAAGUGAAGAUAUGAAGGGCCAGUAUUAUAAUGGCUGAGUCACUACUUUAACUAAAACAGUUUGUUUGGUAUUCAAGGCUAAUCUGACUACUGAAGAGGAUGAGUGCUUUGGUCCUCCUUAAGCAACGAAAGUCUCUGUUACUUGCAGAUUGGCCACCAGAUGCUCCUUACUGCUCUAGGGAAGAAGAGUUGGUGCCAUAUAUAUUUUCUUCACAUCCUAUUAGAUACUUGAAAACUCAUGUUCUCUGAAAUGGCUGCAGUUGGCAAUUUAUUCUUUGAAUCCUGAUAGUGUCCUGCUAGUUCAGAGAAGGGAGAUAAGAGCAUAUUCUACUCUCUUCUCUUUCCACUAGGCACUCCUACUUCCUUUGUUUUCCUGUCAUUCUCUAGUCACUCUUGCUGAGUGCAGGCAGAUCCCACUCCCAGUGGUUAGUCUCCCUCUCGCUACUCCUGAGGGAAUUCUGCGCCAAAAUAUUAAAUAUUUUGCACACAAUAUUUUAAUAUUCUGCAUAUUUUAUUUGUCAAAAUAACAGUACAAUCACACCAUUUUCAAUUAUUUGCUGACAAGUAUUUUUAAAUAAAUUACCAAAAUAAUUGAAAAUGGUGUGAUUAUGUUGUUGUUGUGUUUGUUAUUUUUGACAAUUAAAAUAUGCAGAACUUUGCAGAAUUUUAAUUUUUUUAUUUUUUUGGUGCAGAAUUUCCUCAGGAGUACCAGGGUGCAAUCUGGGUGUGGGCAGCUCAGUGGAUGGUCUGAAUGCACAGGGGCUUGGCGCGAGGCUCUGGGUGCAGGGAGACUAGGACUCUGCAGGGGGGGCACGAGGUGAAGGUGAUUAGGACUGAGUGGGACUUGGUGAGGUGUGGGGGUCAGGGUGCAGCUGGUUGGAGCUCAGUGGGGUGAGGGUCCAGGUCUGGGUGGCUCCUGAUGCAAGAGGGAGGCUCAGCCAUAUGGGUUUGGCGACUCUUUGGGAGGGUUCUGGGUGCAGUGGGCUCCUGACUACAAAGGGGGCUCGGUGGGGGGGGGGAAGGGGUCACCAUACAGGGAGUUGCUCCCCAUGUCUGCUCAAUCCCUGUGAAUCUGGACCCCCUCUCCCACUGAACCUCACCCCCCCCCCCGCACCCAGACACACACACACACACACCCAUGGUGCAGAGCUUUGUGUAGCCGGGGAAGUUUCUGGGGCUUGAUCUGACCCAGCUACUCAGCGCAGGAAAGCGGGAAGGUCUCUGUCCUUCUUCUCCGCCCCCCAUGCCCAGCUGAGACUAAUGUCCCUGAGUGGCCAGGGCAUCCCCAGAUCCCCUCCCCCCAGUGAUUUACCUCUUCCCCUGGUUGCCUGAACAGAUAUGUCUGAGCUGCCGGGAGGGGUGAGUGAGCACUGCUGAAGCUUCUCUUUGUUUCCCCACAGAAACUAUUUUCUGCAAGGAAGCAAAGGGAUUCUUGUAGCUCAUUUUUCUGCUGCGCUCCAGUUAUGCAGAAUUCCCCCAGGAGUACCUCUCCUUUUCUGCCUUACCUAAGCUACCAGCCUACCUACCUGCACAGAAUUCACUUCUGCCCCAGGUUUGACCUCCCUAACUCAAGUAAUCUCCCUCUGCAGCAUGUUGGCCUGAGGGAGUGGAGAGGAAUUGUCAGCAGGGGGAAGUUUGAUAGGGAGGAGAGUUUCCCAGAAAGACAAAAUUGACUUACAUACUGAAAAGUUAAGAUUGAUAUUUGUUACAGUGUUGAUCCUAGCUAGUGUAUCUACAGAUUCUGCUCUUAUUCAUGGGUGUCUAAUCCUGUUUUGAAUCUUAUGAGGCCAUUUUCCUCAAUAUCAUGUGACACUGAAUUCAAAAGUAAAAUUUUAUGUAGUGUAAAAAUAUAUUUCUUUUUAUCCAUUUCCGAUGUAUAGCCCUCUAAGUUUAUUGUAUCCCCCUGUCUUGAGUUGCAGAGUGCAGUAGAUUAGAACAGAUGUCUUCAGCGCUGUCAUUAACAAAGACAGAGAGACGGAGCUACACAUACUGUCUCCUAGAUUCUUCUUGGGAAUUUACAACUGACUCUUAUACCCUGAUGGGAUUGGAGUGGUUUAACUUUUUUCUUUCUGGUGUGCAUCAGCUGGCAUGUCUAUCUUGAAAUUAAUCUAAUUUGUAGCUCAAAUACCUAAUGUUGAUAGAUACUUAUUGAAGUUCCUUUUAAAAGAAAAGCCAUAAAACCUUGUGCUCCUUGAUUCAGCUAAAUUUCUCAAUCUAAGGGGUCUCUCAGGGUCACUACUUGGAGAUGAAACUUUCAAAGAAUAGCUAAAUGCUCAAGUAAGUAUUGUCUGGGAAUUUAGUAAAUGGUGCUGUCUUUAGCUGAGUAUUUUUCCCCAGUGACCAGCAUAGUACCAAAGGAAUCUUACGUUGCUGCAGUUUGUGUUAUCUUUGGGAUAAUAUUUCAAAUGGAGGUCCUGUCCUCCUAUGCUUUUGUAGUUCCCUUCACACUUUUUGAAGGAGUAUGAAAGUCCUCUCAUGGAUCAGUAACUGGUUAAAAGAUAGGAUACAAAGGGUAGGAAUAAGUGGUUAGUUUUCACACUGGAAUGGUCAGUAGCUGGGCACCCCAAAGAUCUGUACUGGGACCUGUGCUGCUCAACAUACUCAAAGGAUCUUGGAAAAAGGGGUAAACACUGAGGUGGCAAAAUUUGCGGAUGACACACAAUUGCGCAAGAUAGUUGAGUCCAGAGCUGACUGUGAAGAGUUACAAAGGGAUCUCACAAAACUGGAUGACUGGGCAACAAAAUGGCAGAUGAAAUUGAAUGUUGAUAAAUUCAAAGAUGAUCCCAACUACACAUACAAAAUGAUGGGGUCUAAAUUAGCUGUUACCACCCACGAAAAAGAUUGUGGGGUCACUGUGGAUAGUUCUCUGAGAACAUUUGCUCAAUAUACAGCACAGUCAAAAAAGCUGACAAUAUUAGGAAUCAUUAGGAAAGGGAUAGAUAAUAAGACAAAUAUAAUGCCAUUAUAUAAAUCCAUUGUACGCCCACAGCUUGAAUACUGCAGUUCUGGUCACCCCAUCUCAAAACAGAUAUAUUAGAAUUGAAAAGUACAGAGAAGGUCAACACAGAUGACUAAGGGUUUAGAACAGAUUCCACAUGAGGAAAAAUUACAAAGACUGGGACUGUUCAGUAGAAAAGAGACAAGUGAGGAGGGAUAUGAUAGAGAUUUAUGAAAUCAUGAAUAGUAUGGAGAGGGUGCCUAAGGAGGUAGUAUUUACUUCUUCACACAAAACACAGUCAACCUGUGGAACUCCUUGCCAGGGGAAUCUGUGAAGGCCAAAAAUAUAACUGAAUUCAAAAAAGAAUUGGAUAAGUUCAUGGAGGAUAGGUCUAUCAAUUCCAAGAUGGUCAGGGAUGCAGGCCUAUGUGCUGGUGUUCCUAAACCUCUGACUGCCAGAAGCUGGGAGUGAACAACAGGAUGCAUUACUCGAUGAAUUGUCCUGUUCAUUCCCUCUGAAGCAUGUCAUGCAGGUCACUAUUAGAAGACAGGAUACUGGGCUAGAUGGACCAUUGGUCUGACCUGAUAUGGCUGUUCCUGUUUUUAGGAUGUACAUCUUUGUGUUCUUGCCAAUUUUUUCCUCCAGUUAUAAAUCCUUCAUAUAUCUCCAGUGGAUGUAUUUUUUUAAUGGCCUUAAGUGUUGUGCAGAGUUUGUGUUCACUAUGAAACAUUAGGUUCUUACAACCUAAGGCUGACAGCAUUUCAGUGGGGUGGGGUGAGAUCUCACAAGCCAGACAAAGCAUUUGGGUGAAAUCUUGGCCACAUUGAAGUCCGUGGCAAAACUCCCAUUGAUUUCACCCUUAAUGUUUUUAUAAAGUGCUUUUAGAUACUUACAUCUAAUGUGCUAUAAAUUGCAAAGUGAGCUUGAUGGAUUUAAAUCAUUUUGUAUAAAAAACCCCCCUAAAUUUUAGGGUCAAGUAUAUUUCUCUCUCGACAAUAUCCAUGCCAAGUUGGCUAUUGUUAAUCAUUGUGUGUGUGUUCCCUGGUUGUAGCAAAGAUUCUGUGGUUUUAUAACAGCUCGUCAUCUCCUCUUUCUGGAUAUUCACUUACUUACAAAUGAAAAUAUUCUAAUGUGUUUCAGCGAUAAAAGAAUCUUCUGCAGGCAGUUUACACUGAAGAUGAUUUAUUUCAGUAUUUAAUAGGAAGAGGAGUUUAUCAACAGGUUACUAAAUAAAUACAACUGUUAAGUUUCAGAGUGGUAGCUGUGUUAGUCUGUAUCAGCAAAAACAAAACUGAGUACUUGUGGCACCUUAGAGAUUAACAAAUUUAUUUGGGCAUAAGCUUUCAUGGGCUAAACCCACUUCAGGUUUUGCUAGAAUUAUUUUAGUGCAAUCUAAUGAAAAACCUGUUGUUGUAAAAUAAUAAUAAUAACUGAACAAAUAUGUAUUUACCUUAAAAAUUAGUCAAUAUUUAAAAUCAGUAAAUGGAUAUUUAAAACAAGCAACUUAGAACAAUAUGAGUUUUGUUAUUGUCUUAAAAAAAAAGUCUUAAAAUCCUUCAGAGUCUGAAUCAGUCUCUAAUUCACCAAACAGUUCAUUAAACUCAGCUUCAGUCACAACUGCACCUGCAUUGUCAUUGUAGAUGUUGGCAGUGUCGUCUUCAGACUCUGAUUCUUCUCAUCAUCAGCCUCUGUUGUGUCAUCAUCAAAUAUGGCAUUUUCUGACCUGUCGAGUGCAUUUCUGAUACAGCAUUUCCUAAAUGAUUUUUUCUAUCAUUUCCAAGGGAAUGGACACCCACGUAUCCUUGAUCCACUGGGCGACCAGAUUGAUUUCAGGCUGCAUAAGAUUUCCACCUUUUGUCAACUUCCCCAUGCCUGAGCACAUCCAUUCAGACCACAUUUUGCGUAUCCUGUCUUUAAAAGAUUUGUUCAGACAGACAUCAAAAGGUUGUAGAACUGAAGUUAAGCCUCCAGGUAUUACAGCCAAAUUAGUUUUCAUAUUUUUUGCCAUAUUUUUCACCUAAUCAGUCUUGUGUGCACUAAACAUGUCCCAAACAAGCAUAACAGGUUUCCUGAAAAAUGCUCCUGGUCUCUUAUUCCACACUUUUUCCAGCCAUUCAAUAGUCCCACUUUCAUCCAUCUAUCCCUUUUCGAGUGCACGUACAAUAACACCAGCAGAAAAUUUCAUGUUUGUAGGCAAGGUUUUUCUUUUAAAAAUAACAGGAGGGAGCUUUGAUCCAUAUGCCAAACAAGAUAAAAUCACCGUAACAUGGAUUUUUUCAUGGUCAGUGGUUUUAAUUAAAACUUUUUUCUUGCCAACACUGGUUACCAUUCUGUUGCUUCGGAGAUCAAUGUCAUUGGUGUUUCAUUCAUAUUUGCUAUUUGUGACAGUUCAAAUGCAUAUUCCUUUCGAUAUUUUACAAUAAACCUUUGGAAAGAUUCGAUUUUUUUCUUCCAGAUCUCUCGGCAGCUUUUGCGCUAUCUUUGUUUGCUGACGAAGACAGAGACUAUGACAGUUCAUGAAGCGAGUACACCAGCCUGUUGAUGUGACAAACAUUGAUGGCUUUACUGACUUGUAUUUUGUCAUCUUUCAACAUUCGCAGAGCACGCAGACAAAUUCCAGUUCUAGUGACAAUGUACUCAUAUUGUCAACAUUCAACAACCCAAUUAUUGAGAUCUCUCUCUCCAACUCAGGAAAUGAAGCGCACCUUGUUGGACAUUAUUUUCUUGUUCUUGGCAUGUCUUUUAAUGUUUUAUUUUUCGCCAUUCUCUUACUUGCUUCUCAUUGAUACAGAAUUCACGAGCAGCGGCGCAAUUGUUGUUUGCUUCUGCAUAUUACUUCUGCGAACAACUUUAAGUUUGAACGCUGCAUGAUAAGCAGACCUUUUUCUUUUGAUUUCACCAUUGCUCAUUUUAAAUACUAGUAUGAAAAUAGAUUAUUAUUAUUAUUAUUAUUAUUAUUGUAGUUAUAGAUUUUGUAGGACUUUAUAUAGGAAUAUCACCCACUUUAUCACUGUCAAAUUAUUGUUCUUUAUUUCAAAGCAGCCCUGUAGAUUGGCAUGUCUGUGGGGAUAACGGGCUAUUCCAAUUUUAUUAGAGAUUCCAUUGAUUCUGCACGUUAUAUUUUCAUAUUGGUUUGAGACUUAUGAGGUCCAUUGGUAGAAGUGCAUGAAGAGAUCAAAUUACACAGUAGCGGACUGACACCAGUGCUACAGUACUAUCGUUCAUUGUAUUUUUCUGAUUGGCUUGUAAGGCAUAGCAUUUUGUGAAAUGCAUGAGUCAAAUGUCAUGCAGAUCAGCAGCACUGCUCUUUUAGUAUUCCUUUCAAGCCAAUCUAGUCUACUAAACAAAGUCUUUGCAACUUUAAAAGGCUGCAGUAUUGUCAUCAAUAAAUGGGUCAGCAAACUUUGGCUCCCGGCCUGUCAGGGUAAGCCGUUGGCGGGUCGGUACGUUUUGUUUACCUGGAGUGUCUGCAAGCAUGGGCUGAGGGGCUCCAUGCCUGCAGAUGCUCCAUGUAAACAAAAUGACAAUGUAUUAGAUAUUCAAUUCAAUGAUUCCAUAAUGUUUAAAAUCAUCAAAUAUUGGUGUAGACUUGUUUAUAACCCCACCCCUGCUCCUUGAUGCGUCACUUUUUUACCAAAAAUAUUCGGCUUAUGAACGAGUAUAUACGGUAUAUUUCCUGAACCAAAUUUAGUUGCUGUUCCCCCAGCAUAUUCAUAGGAGAGUGAGAGUCCCAGGUUUCUUGGCUAGGAAUUGGGAAAUUACUGCCUAGAAUGUGGUAGUACUAACAGGCACUGCCAACACUCCCUAUCCUCACCUCAAUGUCAGUGGAUUCAAUUGCAGUGGUUGUUUUAGCUUAAGGGGUCCUGUGAUAAAUUUAAAUAAAGAAAGUUGCCACUUACCAGUCAAUUGGUCAAUGUGACAGUUUGUAAAUAUGAAGUGCUCUUUUAAAAUAUCCAGAGACCACAGCAAAACUCUGAUGAUGGGUUCCAGAAAAAGCUGUCCUAUUAGAGGUACACAUACACAAUAGCAUGUAUAUAGAAAAAGCAUUAGCAAGGUUUAUAUUGAAGAAUAUGAAGAAUUAUGGAGCUUCAGUAUUUGUACAUGUAAUACACCCUCUAAACUUGAUGUCCAGCAUUUUUUGGUGCAAGGAUUACUGUAGGUUGUUUGACUUUUAUCUCACUAUCUGUUAAAUGAUUUUGGGUGCCCAACUGGAGGCAACUUGAAGGAGUCUGUAAGCUGGUGGGCCAUUUCGCCAGCAAGGGAAUGGAAAUAAAUCGCCAAAUCUUUUAAGGCCUUUUCCACACAAUCUUCACAAAACAAAACAAAACAAAAAGCCAAAUCAGCUGAGAAACACUGGGCAAAUAAUCUCCAGAGGCUUUGCCUGCCUCAGCCAGCAGGGGAGAGGACACACUCUUCCCUUUAUUUCCCCUUUUUACCCAGCUUCCCCUUCUUUUUAUAUUCUACCCUGAGAAGCCAUGUGCUCAGUGGGGCCUGUUAACUCUCUUAAAGACUGCAGAUCCAGCCUGAUUUCCAAGAGCUGCAUGCCAACUCUAUAAAAAUCAGGCUGCUUUUAUGGUGGCUCAAAUCACUAGUUGCGAAAAUCCUGACCAUUUGUAUUUGAUAUUUAUUACCAGAAGCCCAGUGAGAAUGAGGGUCCCACUGUUGGGCAUUGUGCAAAUGCAUAUGAAGAGCCUUGCCCCUGAAAAGCUUGAAAUUUAAGUAAUUCCUUGCUGUACAAUUUAAUUUUUCUGAUAUGUCUUUAAAACUCUUCCAAACUUUCUGCUAAAGUCUCUGGAAACUUGUUGGUAGACAGGACAUAGUCCUUCAACCAGGGAAAGAUUGAUCUCACCAUUCAUAUAAGCAAAAGAUAAGUGAAUCCCAAGUGAAGCAAAAAGGGGAAGGAUGCCAUUCUAAUAUCUUUCUAUUGUCUUCACUCCUGUAUAUCACAGGCUGGUUCAAGCUGUAUAAAAAAAUUGAGAUCUGAAUUUACUGGGAUCUGGCAUGCCAGUUGCUGACAGAAGGAAGGCAAAAGGCAACUGGUGGAUAUUGCCAUUGCUUAAAACCCUGGGUGUCCUGGGCAAAGUGUGGUGUUCUUAUGGGUCCUGUGAGCAUGUUGGACAGACCAACUGUCAUUUUGCAUUUGAGAAGAAUCCAUACAGCCACUUCUGACACUUGAUUAGGUUUUGCUCAAGGAUUUUUUUAGCCCAAGCAAUAAUUAAGCCAUUAAAGCUUCAAAAGCAGCUUUGGUGAUUUGCUAAUGUACUGUGACGCUUGCAGGUGGGGCAGUAGAACUUACUUUUCUAGGUGUUGUGUGCAUCACCAAUGUAUCCGAGCACCUUCAAGGCUUUUUCAAUUCAAGGCUCUACAAAAAUUGCAGAUCCUGCAGCCAUUUUAAAGAGAUGAUAGCACUAUGUUUCAUGUGAUCGUAGUGACUCAUUUACCUGUUUAAUAUUAGUGUUCUCUCUCAGUUGAAUGGAUGCAGUGCCAGCAGUCAGUGUAGGCUACUUCCCUUGUAUUUCAUUGAGAUAUAGUGAUUCCUUGGCAGUUUAAGUUCCUGCACUUGAGCUGUCCAGAAGCUCGUGUUUGCCUUGUGAAAUCCUGGGCUUCAUGACCUAUAAACUGUAGAAGCUCUGUUGAAAGUUCUGCAGCUGAAAAGGACAAGCAUCUGCCCUCUUUUGUGUCUAAAUUGAGCCUGUAGCUAGCAAAAUGCUUAGAAUUCUAGUGCAUUCUCUUCUCUGGUAAGUGUGAUGGAAACCUAUAAUGGCAAUGAGUGAUUUGAGUCUGCAACCUGGUUCUAUUACACGUGCAUCUUAUUUUUAAAUUUUAUGCAUUUUUAAAAUAAAAUGCUUAACGUAGCAGAUGAGGAAUGACUGACUUUGGAUUUUUGAUACUGUCAUAGCUAAGAAUUAAACAAUAAAAUGGGACUGAAUUUGCAAAGCGUUUUUUUCCCCCUGUGCUAUAAAUCCUUUUCAGAGACAUGCUAAUCAAGUUUAAUUAGAUGUAGCUAGACUCUUGUCGGAUACUGUAAUUCAGAAUAAUUUUCAGUUAUAGAUGGUAAUAUUUUCUAUUGGAAUUUUUAUUAAGCACUCCAGUUCAGUAAUAAUAAGGAUGACAAAAUCAACUGCAGGUAGGUUAAUUAUUAUGAGUAUAUAGUGGAUUAUUUUUCAUACCUAAAUUAUUUUAAUUUUGAAGACUGAAUUUGCACGGAGAAGCAUUAUUUGUUGUCUUGGAAUAUGUUACUUACAUUUGAGAAAAAUAGACUUGCAAAAUAUUUAAAAUUCCAAUGUGCAGUAUUUAUAUGUACAUCUGGAUAGUUUGUCUUGUCACCACAUUUUUUCCAUAAUUAAAUGCUAUUUCUUUUUUUCUGA